AUGACUAGCCCCAAAGGUGAAAUUAAAGUAAAGAAAGAAGACCUCAAAGUUGGUCAACGCGUUCGUUAUCAUCCGGUCGGAUUAGCGAUGCAAACUACGGACGGUAUCAUCAAAGAAAUUAUUACUGAACCUGAGAUUGCAGGACGUCAACAUGAAACCCAUCAUCGUGUAGCUCAUGACAAAGGUCAACAAAGCCGUAUCAAGCUUAAUAAUAUUAAAGUUGGUCAAUAUGUCAUUUACCAUCCGAUAGGAUCUACGCAGCAAACUGCUGAAGGAAUCGUCAAGGAGAUCAUCACGGCAGAUGAAGUAGCUGGUCAAGCACAUAGGACGGUUCAUGCGACUCCUGAGCAUCCGCGUGUCUUAAUUGAGAACUUGCAUACUCACAAGGAAACUGCCUAUAAACCCGAAAGCAUUGAACGUAUUAUCAGCGAGGAAGAAGCCAUGAACUUGGCAGGAAGUAAACGUGGUCGUGGUAAAAAGGUAUCUGAAGCGGACGAUGAAGAUUAA